AUGGCAAACAUGUUGAAACUAUUACGGCUCCCGACGGCCACCACCGCCGCCGCCAACACCGGCACCCUAUUGGCGGCCAAACACGUGCCGAACACGUGGUCGGCCGCUGGCCUGAGUUAUGGUCCGAUUGGUUGCGAUCAGCCCAACGACAACCACCGCCGCCACCACCUGUACCGGUGCGCCGAUCGUCGCCAACCAGUUCUGGCCACCACUGGUGGCCUACACUACUCGCAGCGCCGCUCGAUGGCCAAGAAGUGGUUCCCCGACAAGCAAUACAUGGAUGAGUUCGCCGGCGAUACCAUCGCCUAUAAGGACAGCAAAUGUCUGGUUCCGGACGACUCGACCCGUUGGGAGGGCUGGGAAGACGUACACAUGGACUCCCGACCCAUGGAGAGACACGUGCGUAAUGUUGUGCUCAACUUCGGACCCCAACAUCCGGCCGCUCACGGAGUGCUCCGAUUGGUGCUCGAGUUGAAGGGAGAGCUGGUGUUGAGGGCCGACCCGCACAUCGGUCUCCUCCAUAGGGCCACUGAGAAGCUAAUGGAGUACAAGACGUACACUCAGGCCCUGCCAUACAUGGAUCGGUUGGACUACGUGUCGAUGAUG